AAAGUGAAUUGUGUCCUUUGUUGCUCUGGAAAGUUUUCUCUUACUUUUGUGCUCCAAAGCCAUUUUCACACAAAAUCUUUUUCGCGUCCUCACUCCAUGCUGAUUUAGUCAGACUAUGUAAGCCUGUUUAUGGAAGGGAAAACGGACUCAGUACAGGUGAUCGGGUCGGAUAUGAAAUAACAUCUUCCGGAUGUGGAGGUUUGAAACGCAGCAACUGUUUCACAAUGUGCAGUACAGUGGUGAUAUAAGUGUCACUGGCAUUUUAUGUUGUAAUGUUGAAAUAGUAGCUAUGCAGCGUGCUAAUUCGUCUGUGCAGGCAGCUAAGCAGAGAUUGAAGCAGUUCCCAGUGGCCUUGAAAGAAUGUAGGACUGAGAUGUCAGCAUACGGGAAGUGUGUUUCAGAGAAGGAGGAUGUGAAAUGUAAUGAUUGCGCCAAAGAGUUCCAGGCUCUGAAGGAAUGUUUUAAGAAAACAAUGCAGAAAGCAGGAAAAAGGUAGCAGAUAAUGAGUGGACAUGACUUAAGAUAGAGAGAAACCAAUGCUGCAAAUUGGGUCUGGAGGUUUCCAUGGUAACAUUGCCAUUUCACAGAAGUGACAAAGCACAACAGACUAACAUAUGCCUUGGCUAAGGCUUGGGUGAUUUUAGAAGAAAUCUAAGGCAUGUCCAGUUAUGUUAUGCACUCAGACAUUUUUAUGACAAAAAGGAAUUUGGACAGCGGUCAUCCGUCUGAUGGAAAACAGCCCUUAAGAACUGUAGAAGUUUUAGUUUUGGGUUUAUUUUGCACUUACUUUUGAAACUCUAAGGAGGUUAAUAUGAGAUGUUAUAUGUCUGAGAUUGUUUAAGUGUCCAAACAGUUGGUAGAUGUGUUUGCUCAUCAUGAAGGACUUUAUUCAAAUAAUAGGUGACUUGGCAGUCAAGAAAUAUUAGAUAGAUCAGGUAUUGUCACAGUUGUAAAUGAAGUUUUGCAAGGAAUUUCACUUACUUUUUACAUUAUUUAUUUGAUAAAUAAAACUCAUGUAAAAUAUAAAGAUUACAAAUAAACAGAUUUUGUUGUCA